CUAAAUGUAGACUUAUCCAUGGGCAUGGCUAUGAUUCACUAAACCAGAUUGGGGGGGUGCACCAAUUAGAGAUUAAAGGUGUAUUGUCGGUCAUAUUUUGUAACGUGGUCAGGAGUUUUUGCUUCUAAAAAUACUUACAUUGGUCUUUUUGGUUGAUUUUGAAGGUGUGUGCAAGGGGGGGGUGCGUCAACACGUGUUGAAAAGGGUGCAUGUUUGGCAAAAUGUUGUAUGGGGGUGCGCAGAUUGAGGAUGCACAAACACUACUUUAGGGUGUGUGUGUGAGGGAGAGUGUGUGCACCAAAUGGGUGCGCCAACUCUGUCAGGAUGUUGAAAUGAGUGUGCCACAAAAUAGACUGAACAUUUUUGAUGGUGUGCACAGAUGAUAGGUGGUGCGCCAGGAGUAUGUGUAAGACAUUUGUGGUUUAUGAAAGACUGGCGGGGGGGAUAUUAGGUGGUGCGCUCAGUUGAUGGGGUCAACUCUGUCAGGAUGUUAAAGAGCGUUCACAACCGACUGCACUGAACAUUUUUCAGACUCUGUGCGGAUGAGCAGCGGUGUGCCAAAUUUUUGCAAAGGUGUGCUGGGACAUGUGGGGAGGUGCCUUUUCUGUCCAGAGUUUAAGGGGGUUUGAUAAGGUCAACUAAAUGUCUUCAAGGGUGUUUGUUGGGGAGAGGGGCUAACUGUCAGCAUGUGGAACGGUGUGCACGGCUUCAGAAAGUCGACAAUUGGCGCACCCCUCUCUCCCUGCAUACCCCCGCAAUAUUUUUUUGCACAACGUAUGAGGGGAGAGAUAGGGAAAGUUGGUGUGCUGACUCAGCAUGGGGGAAGGGGUGCGCAUCGUGGAAAGAGUGAUCUAUGGAAUGAAUGUUGAACCCCACUUAACAAAUCAGCUGCUUUGUUUUUGUCAGGGUUUGAACGUGCGUGUGUAAAAGUCUCCUGAACGGGAAACUUGUUUCAGUCUGUCAGCGUGCACGUGUGUGUGCGCGCGUGCACGCGUGUGUGUGUGAGGGAGAGGAAUAGCCUGCUGGUCCCAGCAGCCUUUAUAAUUGCGAGCGGAGGGUCGUGGCGUUUCAAUGAAAGCUGAGCCUUGGGACUGCUUGACUGACUCGGCGUAGCCUCGCAUCUUUUUUUUCGGGCACCUGCACUGGACUUUGCCGCGCCCCUCCUUGCAUGUGAUGGUUCCCCACUCUGGUGAUGCCCAGUCCGACCGGAGAUAGGAACCGCUUGCGGAGACUCGUGCGAUAGAUUGGAGAAAGUCCUUUUGGUCGUCUUCGCGUCCACCUCCAGGAUGGCUUUUUUGCUGCUGAUCGUGCUGUCGGCGUGGACCUGCUGCGCGAGCCUCGGAUACUGCGCGCUGCUCCGAGCCGAGGCGGAUUUUACGCACGCGGUCGAGCGGAGACACCCGGUGGCGGGCGGCACGGUAGCCCCGCUGGUAGAGAGAGACCGGGAGCGGCUGUCCCAAGACACGGUGACGGAGCACAUGCACAUGCUGUACGACAAGUACAACAAGGCGGGAUUCGCCUUCAAGGACGGGAACACGGUGCGCAGCUUCAAGGCACACUGGGGCGUGAUCAACAGGAAGCAGCUUCAGAUCUUCAACCUGACGUCACUCACCAAGUCCGAGGACGUCCUCUCUGCCACGCUGCACUACUACAUCGGGGACCUCCACAACAGCAGCGGGUCCUGCUCCAGACCCCAAGGCUGCGUCCUCCACGGCCCGCGCAGGCACAGCCACAUCCACGCCGUUAUCUGGAGCUUCGCCCCUGAGGUGGACCGGAUGAGGACGCUGGGCCAGUUCCGCAUCAAUGUGUCCACGCGCUACCGGGACUUUAUCUCCUGGCAAUGGAAGGACAUCACCCGGGCGGUCAAUCAAGCCAAGGCACACCACCAGCUCCUCAUUGGCAUCGAGGUGGCCUCACGGGGACCCCGGCCCUGGAAGGAGCUCCUGGCUGACCGCUCUCCUUAUAUCCUGGUCUACGCCAACGACUCGGCCAUCGCGGAGCCCGAGAGCGUGGUGGCCACCCUCAGGAGGAAUCCCUCGGCGGAGGAGCCGGGGGAACGGCAGAAGAGCUCCUCCAGGCCCAAGCGCUCCGUCAAUAUCCCGCUCCCCCUGCAGAACAAUGAGCUCCCCGGACCCGAGUACCCCUACGAGACGGCCGGCUGGGACGAGUCCAGUCCCUACGAGCCCUUCCAGAGCAAGCAAGCCCGACGGCCGCCGCGGAAAAAAAGCCGCAAGAACCCGAGGCACAAGAUGCCUCUGCUGCAGUUUGACGAGCACACCAUCAAGAAGGCCCGGAAGAAGCAGUGGAACGAACCCCGGAAUUGCGCACGCCGCUACCUCAAAGUGGACUUUGCCGAUAUCGGCUGGAGCGAGUGGAUAAUUUCUCCAAAGUCUUUUGAUGCCUACUACUGCGCGGGAUCGUGCCAGUUCCCCAUGCCCAAGGCGCUGAAACCUUCCAACCACGCCACCAUCCAGAGCAUCGUACGGGCGGUGGGUGUGGUGCCCGGCAUUCCCGAGCCGUGCUGUGUCCCCGAAAAGAUGUCCCCCCUCAGCAUUCUCUUCUUUGAUGAGGACAGGAACGUGGUGCUCAAAGUGUACCCUAACAUGACGGUGGAUUCGUGCGCAUGCCGAUAGCUCCCUUGGCACACUUUUGCCCUCUGUCACCAUGGAAACAAGUCAUCUCCUGUUUUUUUUCCUUAACCCUGACAAUGAACCGGACUAACUGGGCAUUGGAAGCGGGGUGCAUUGCGGUGAGGGUCAGGGUGAAGAAGGAACACUGAAGGCUAAAUCCCUCUGUUGGGUCGCACCUCUUCACAUCCUGAACUUUAGAAGCCACCCCCCCCCCAUUCCGCAUCCACGGCAAAGUUGAUGUACCCCUUCCAGACAAAGCAAGGCUGCGUGAGAAAAGAAUCCAAAUGACCUUUAAAAACACACUCCGGGGCAUGCAAAAGUUGACCUCACCUAAGACCGUAUUUCCCUAUCAUUGUAUAUCUUUAUUGUAGAAGGGGGUUGUCUUAGUUUUUCAAGGGGGCUCUCAAAUUUCUUUUUUUUUUUUAAAGAAAUCCCGUUUCAUCACACAAAUAUGAUCAUGUGGAUGUCAAAAUGACUAAAAACCUUCAUGCACAACCCCAGGGAGGUGCAUACCACCUUUGUCUCGGUUGUUCAGAUUUAUUGUAUCAUCUCUUGGAUUGCUAAAUUCCUCAUCUUCUCACUUUUUUAAAUCCAUCUUUUGAUUUCAUGCAAUGCCAUAAGCCAUCACCACUCCCCCUCCCUGAUAAAUAAAUAAAUGAAUCACAAAUGAAUAAAUAGACACCACGGUGUCGCACUGGUUAGCACGUCCGCUUCACAGUCCAGAGGGUUGCAUGCAUGUUCCCAAAAAACAUGAAUGGAUGGAUGGGUAAUGAAUAAAUCAAUCAAAUAAAAAGCCAUUUAG